UGUCUUUGCAAUCUUGGCUCACGGCAUGCUCCGGCUUCCUGAAAUGCGAAUCUUAGGACGUUCAAGGGGCAACAGGCAAUAAUCGCAGGUCGCCCCCUUCGUCGAAAGGUGAGGCUGCCAGCUGAAGAAAUGGUAUAAGAGCGUGCGUCGGAAUGAAUGCUCGUGGGAGAACACCUCUUCCGAUUGUGAUCCCCAAGGUCGUAGGUACCCUUCUCCGUAUGUGGCUUGAUAUUCUAGACUCUACCUGGACUAUGCUACUUCGCAUGGGGUUAUACCGUAUACUGUCAUGAUGGGCACCAAGAGGCCCAACUUCCUGAUCAUUCGACACGGGAUCGUACGGCCCGAAAUCUCGACACCAUGGUUGGACAAGCUGGGCCACGCUGGGAUACGUCUAACCGGUUUUCACACCGCCUCAGCAUGCUCUCCGACCCGUUCGAUGCUCAUGAGCGGCACGGAAGACCAUCUCGCCAGCCUGGGGCAGAUGGCAGAGACGAUUAAUCGCGUGCCUGCCUUCCAGGGCAAUCCAGGAUAUGAAGGCGUGCUGAAUGCCCGAGUUGCCGCGCUGCCAGAAAUCCUAGCUGACGCCGGCUAUGCAACGUACAUGGCAGGCAAGUGGCACCUCGGCCUCACGUCUGAUGCGACACCGCACGCACGUGGAUUUCAAAAAUCCUGGAGCCUCCUCCCGGGCGCAGGCUCACACUAUGCCUGGGAACCGCAGCGUGAUGAUGGGGAGCCGGCGAUCAAGUUCAUGCCGCCUCUUUACUAUGAGAAUGACAAAAGGCUCGGCUUGGACGAUCUUCCUCGGCCAUUUUACUCUUCUAAAGUUUUCGUCUCCAAGCUGCUGAGGCACCUGUCUGAAAGGGAGGAGGAUGCCACUGACAAGGUAAAGCCUUUCUUUGCGUACUUGCCUUUUACAGCACCGCAUUGGCCACUUCAAGCAGACCCUGAGAUCCUCCGGGCCCGGCGUCUCGAUACGCUGGUCAAGCUCGGUCUUGUGCCGGCAGGCACAGAGGCCCAUCCUAUGAUUCAUUCCUACGACACGAAGGCGUGGGAUUCGCUAACAGAAGAGGAGAAGAAAUACUCGUCGCGGCUCAUGGAGACCUAUGCCGCCAUGGUCGAGCAGAUGGACACAAACAUCGACAGACGGGCGAGCUGGACAACACCUUUAUUCUCUUGUGCCGAUAACGGCAGCGAGGGCGCAAUGCUUGAAGCACUGCCGUUGAGAGGGGACGAUAGCCUGAAGGCCGUCAUUGCCAAGCACUAUAACAACAGUUACGAAAGUAUUGGCCGCGCCAAUUCGUUCACUUGGUAUGGUCCGCAUUGGGCUCAGGCCAGCACCGCCCCUUCGCGCAUGUAUAAGGCAUGGAUCACCGAAGGCGGCAUUCGAUGUCCAUGCAUCUUGCGUUUCCUACGGUUCGAUGCACGGUUCGCAGGCGCGGUCACUCAUGAAUUCGUGACGGUCAUGGACAUCCUUCCGACGCUUCUUGAUCUCGCAGGUGUUGCUCAUUCCAGGGCUGUAUUUCGUGGGCGUAAGGUGCUCCCACCGCGUGGAAGCUCGUGGGUGCCAUUUUUCAGCGGCAAAGCCUCCCGUGCAAUUCGGCAAGGCAAUCUGAAAGCGAUCUUUCUGCCUGCCCCUGUCGGCUCGGACAAGUGGCAGCUCUUCGAUCUCAGCGCUGAUCCAGAAAGGCCCGAGAUUCUGCGCAAGCUAUUAGAUUACUGGAUAGAAUACGUGGCGGAGACGGGGGUUGCUGUCCUUGAUGCCGACACGGAUGCUCAACAUCCUGGUUACGGUCCUUAUUGA